AAUUCAGUAAUUGAUGCUGAGACCUUCCACUGGAGACUUAAGCUGACAGCUGCCCAUUGAAGAUAGAUGCACCUGUUUGCUAAAGCUCUAAGAUUCCUUUACUCGGCUUACGCGAUUUACUGAAGAGUCUGAUUUUAGUUUCCUCAUGAAUUAUCUUCCACCUCUGGAAAGGUAGAGGUGUGAACUGACUCAACAUGAGUGGCCUCGGGAACAGUUCAGCAGACCCGGCAAACCCAGAUUCCCAGAAGAGGAAGGGGUCGCCGUGUAACACCCUAGCCCAGAGCAAUGAGAAACGGCGCAGGGAGCAAGAGAACAAAUACUUGGAAGAGCUGGCAGAGCUGCUCUCAGCCAAUAUCGGAGAGAUCGACAGCCUAAGCGUCAAACCUGACAAAUGCAAGAUUCUGAAGAAAACGGUUGACCAGAUUCAGCAGAUGAAGAGGCUUGAACAAGAGAAAACAGCUGAUGAUGAUGUACAGAAGUCUGAUAUCUCGUCCAGCAGCCAAGGAGUGAUCGAAAAGGAAUCUCUGGGGCCUCUUCUCCUGGAGGCGCUCGAUGGCUUCUUCUUCGUUGUGAACCGCGAAGGGCGGAUCGUGUUUGUGUCCGAGAACGUGACCAGCUACUUGGGCUAUAACCAGGAGGAGCUCAUGAACACCAGCGUCUACAGCAUCUUGCACGUGGGAGACCACGCUGAGUUUGUCAAGAACUUGCUGCCCAAGUCGCUUGUGAACGGCGUCCCUUGGCCUCAAGAGUCCACCCGGCGCAACAGCCACACCUUCAACUGCAGGAUGCUGAUCCGGCCCCCGGACGAGCCGGGGGCAGAGAACCAGGAGGCCAGGCAGCGUUACGAGGUCAUGCAGUGCUUCACCGUGUCCCAGCCGAAACUGAUCAAGGAGGAAGGCGAAGACUUGCAGUCCUGUCUGAUAUGCAUCGCACGAAGAUUACCUCGAUCCACAGCCCCUGCUACAUCAGAAUCCUUCAUGACCAAGCAGGAUACUACAGGUAAAAUCAUCUCCAUCGACACCAGUUCUCUGAGAGCGGCAGGCCGGACCGGCUGGGAGGAUUUAGUGAGGAAAUGCAUCUACGCUUUCUUCCAGCCUCAGGGCAGGGAGCCAUCUUACGCCAAGCAGCUAUUUCAGGAAGUGAUGACACGGGGCACAGCCUUCAGCCCAUCUUACCGGUUCACACUGAGCGAUGGGACUGUCCUGAGCGCUCAUACCAAGUGCAGACUUUGCUGCCCUCAAGGCCUGGAGAUGCAGCCUUUCAUCAUGGGCAUUCACAUAAUUGAGAGAGAACACGGCACGCUGUCACCUCAAGAAAACACUAACUCCGGGAUGCCUCUUCCCCGCGUCAGCCCCUCGCUGAACCCCAACAUCUCCCCCGGACAAGGCAUGGCUCUGCCCUCCCCUCUCCCUCCUGCCAACGGUAGCAUGCUAAAUGCCAGCGCAGCAGGCCACCCGCCGGGAUCCAGCAUGCAUGGCGGCGGUGGCAGCAGCAACGCUGCCCCCAGCCAAGCCACUUUCGGAUGUUCGCCUGGGAGCCAGAUGGGAACGAACGUUGCCUUAAGCCAGGGCCAGCCCGGUCCCCAGAACAGUAGCCAUGCCAUGAGCCACAACAGCUCCCCGAUGGGCAGCCCCGGGGUCACCCCGCCACAGUUCAUGUCCCCCAGGCAUCGGGUGAGCCCCGGGCUGGUCCACCGGCCCAGAGUGCCAAGCAACCCUUUCUCUCCCCCCAUGCCCACCACGCACUCCCCGGUGGGCAUGGUGAGCGGCUGUGGCUCCAGCGGCUCCCUCGGCAACAGGCCAUACCCAAGCACCCCGCUGAACUCCAUGCAGGGACUGACCGAAGGGCCCAGCCCCCCGGUGAGCUACUCCACGCCCUCCCCUGUCCUGCGGCAGCCCAGCAACCAGAACUCGCCCAGCCGGAUGAGCCUGCCGCCUGUGAAAACGGAGCCCAAGGACACCAAGGAGAUCGCCUCCAUCCUGUGCGACAUGAUCCACUCUGACGGCGGCCCGAGCAACACCAAGCCUGUGGAGCCGGGCUUGCUGCACGGCGGCGACCGGCUCUCCGAGGGCGACCACAAGGGCCUGCAAGCUACCAGCCACAAGCUUGUCCAGCUCCUGGCCACCACGGCUCAGGAGCAGCUGCGGCACGCCGACGCGGACACCAGCUGCAAGGAGCCCUUGUCCUGCACGGGCUCCUCCGGGACCCCUGCCUCCGGGAACCCGGUGGGCAGCGCCUGCCCGUCCUCCCACAGCUCCCUUACGGAGCGGCACAAGAUCUUGCACCGGCUCCUCCAGGAGGGCAGCCCUUCGGACAUGGGCAGCCUGGCCGCCAUGGAGCAGGAGAAGAAGGACAGCGGGCCUGGCGCAGCGGCCCCUACCCUGCAGAGCCAGGCCCCAGAUGCCCGUCUGGAGGCUGACGCCGCAAAGAAGAAGGACUCGAAGGACAACCAGCUCCUUCGCUACCUGCUGGACAAGGACGAGAAAGAGCUGGCAUCCAACCCCACCUUGAGCCUGGACGACGUCAAGGUGAAGGAGAACCCGGAGCAGCUGGAGCCUUGCAGCGUCGCUCAGUCCCUGCUUGCGAAGCCCCCCGCGCCAGAGGAGGGGAAGCUGCAGCCACAGAGCCAGUUUGCGUCGGACCUUGACCAGAUUCUGCCGUCGCUGGAGAAAGCUCAGCUGCCGCCAGGACUGUGUGGAUCGGAGGCGGCCGAAUGUGGCGGCAUUGCCAUCAAGUCAGAGAUCCUCACCCCCUCCCUCCAGCCGGGCACCGCCGCAAGAACUCCCACGGGGAUGAGCUCUGUCAAUGGUGGGCAGGGAAUGCAGGCUGGCCGGUCCCCCUUCGAAUUCUGCGACCCCCUGGAGCCGGUUCAGCUCAGGACGGCGCCAUUCCCCGCAACCAACGGCAGCAGCCCCCACCCCGGUUUGCCUUCCGAGCAAGGCAGGGGGGCAGUACCUGGACCAAGCCCCUUCCAGCCUGACACAGGAUUGCCUGAGCUGGAACUGGGAGUCACAGAUCAUCAGUUCGGUCAACCAACAAUUGGGGAGCAGAUCCCAUGGGCGGACAACCCCAUGACCUCCAUUAAUCGGGGACCUAUGAGCAAACCGGACGACCAUUGCAUCACUUCUCAGCUCGAUGAGCUCCUGUGCCCUCCCACCACCCCGGAGGGACGAAACGACGAGAAGGCUCUUCUCGAGCAGCUGGUGUCCUUCCUCAGCGGCAAAGACGAGAACGAGCUGGCAGAGCUGGACCGAGCACUUGGCAUCGACAAACUGGUCCAGGGAGGCGGCCUGGAAGCGCUGACGGAGAGGUUCCAGCCCCAGCAAGCCACGCCACCGCCGCCUCUCAUGAUGGACCAGAAGCCGGGCAUGUACCCACAAGCUUAUCCCUCCGCUUCCCCCACCACCAACCUCCCCGGCCCUUUCCCCGGCAUGGUCCGGCAGAAGCAGUCCUUUGGGUCGAUGCCGGUCCAGGUCCCGUCGCCCCGUGGGGCCUACCCCACCAACAUGGGGAUGCAGCCGCGGCAGGUGCUCAGCAGGCCUCCGACAGCCCCCAACCAGCUGCGACUGCAGCUGCAGCAGCGGCUCCAGGGUCAGCAGCAGUUGAUACACCAAAAUCGGCAGGCUAUCCUGAACCAGUUUGCGGUGAACUCUGCAGGUGGCAUCGGCAUGAGGACAGGAAUGCAACAGCAGAUGGCACCACAGCCGCCCCUGAACGCUCAGAUGCUGGCCCAGCGCCAGAGGGAGCUGUACAGCCAGCAGCACCGGCAGAGGCAGCUGAUGCAGCAACGGGCCAUGCUGAUGAGGCAGCAGCAAAGCUUCGCGGGCAACCUCCCCCCCUCGGCCGGGGUCCCCGUGCAGCUGGGGGCCGGGCGCCUCCCGCAGGCUCCCCCGCAGCAGUUCCCCUUCCCCCCCAACUACGGUACGAGCCCAGGAAACCCCCCUACCUCCACCAGCCCUUUCUCGCAGCUGGCAUCCAACCCCGAGGCGGCGCUGGCCGGUCGCAACAGCAUGGUGAACCGGGGGAUGAUGGCAGGAGUCGGAGGAGGGCAGUUCGGCUCCGGCGUGAACCCUCAGAUGCAGCAGAACAUCUUCCAGUAUUCGGGAUCAGGAAUGAAUCAGCAAGGGGAGGCGGCAUUUGCCCCGUCGCUCAGUCCCAGCAGCCCCUUGAUGUCGCCGCAGAUCCCUCCUUCUCAGAGCCCCAUGCUCCAGUCGGCUCCGCCAACGCCUGGGUACCAGUCGCCCGAUAUGAAGUCCUGGCAGCAAGGACCCAUGGGGAGUAACAAUGUCUUUGGCCAAGCUGGGCAGGCCCAACCUACGCCAGCCCAGCAGGGAAUGUACAACAACAUGAGCAUCACCGUCUCCAUGGCCGGCGGGAACGCCAACGUCCAGAAUAUGAACCCAAUGGGUGGGCAGAUGCCUAUGAGCUCGCUGCAGGUGCAAGGCAUGAACCAGCUGUGCUCUGAGCAGGUAAACGACCAGGCUCUCAGACCCGCAGGUCUCUACUGCAACCAGCUCUCUUCUGACCUUUUGAAAACAGAAGCAGAUGGAGCACAGGUGCAGCAGGUACAGGUGUUUGCUGAUGUGCAGUGUACAGUCAACUUGGUGGGCGGAGACCCUUACCUGAACCAGCCGGGCCCUGUGGGGGCCCAGAAGGCCUCUGGCGGCCCCCAGACCCCUCAAGCCCAGCAGAAAAGCCUCCUGCAGCAGCUACUGACCGAAUAACCUGCUUUUCAAAGGAAUGUGAAAUUUAAAUAAUAAGACAUAGAGAUAUAUAUAUAAAUAUAAAUAUAUAUAUAUAUUAUAUUUUUCUGAGAUUUUUGAUAUCUCAAAACUUGCAGCCAUUCUCGUAGUGUUUGGAGCAAAAAAAAAAAAAGUUCCCCCUCCCCUUUCUUUCUUUCUUUCUUUUUUUAAAAAAAGGUAAUGGAUGUCGCGAAGUGACAAAACAGUUGAGCCAAAAUGACAGAUGAUCCUUAUUUUUGUAAUCAGUUGCUGGCUUCUUCUUAUCCCUGAUGGAGGUUACUUGGUUUUAAGGGGUGGGGGGAGUGUGUUAAUAGAGAAUGAGGGGAGGCGUCUUGCUGGGGGGGGGAGAAAGAGGAGUCGAGUUCUCAGUUUCAGCUGGAUCUGUCACUGAUUUGCGUCUUCAGCGAAGCAGGAAUUAGGUGAAUAAUCGCACUCGUCUCUUCUCUGGGAUGUUUUUAGCUGUUCUUAAAAACGCACACGCCCUUGUCUGACCACCUCCCCCUCCCCUCUCAACCUGUUUGUGCAAUCAGCUUUUUCUAGCAGUCGUGAGUUUGUCGGUUUUAAAGAAAUAAUGAUGAUGAUGAUGAUGAUGAUGAUAGAGUAUUUUGACCCAUUUUUUCCCAUGUUUUAUGCUGGUAUAUAGAUGGCCUCCUUAGCGAAAAAAGGCCUCUGUGUAUAUGAAAAAGAGGGUGGGGAGCUCGUACAAAAAGCUAAUAUAAUAAUUUUUGAAAAGACAGACACACAAGUACAGUUUGGGGGAAAAUUGCAAUAUUUUUUAGGGGUCGGGGGGCUGGGGAGAAGUGGCUCGGGCAGCAAAACACCGAGGGUCAACGCUGUGCCACCGUUCCUUUCAUUUUGACAGGGUUUGUGAUGCGGCAACCCUUUGGAGAUGAAAUGGGAGAGGUUCACAGCAGAAGCCUGCCACAAAGUUGCGUCCUUGGGCUACUAUUGUAGAUAAAAUAAUUAUUAAAAAUUAAGCAGUCCUCUCUCUCUCUCUCUCUCUCUUUCUCUCUCUCUCUCUCUGCUUUGUGAUUAACAGCCAAGGUAGCUUAAAACUAUUUAAAAUAAUAUUGAUUAUGAUGAUUAUAAUAAAAAAGGCAAUUCUCUGUGGAACGGGAGACAAGCUUGUCCUUUACCCCUCUGAGGCCUUUUCAGUGUAAAUAGCUCAAACCUCUUGUAUAAAUUGGUUUCCUUCUCUUUUUAGUUUUGGGGUUGGGGGGGUUGCUCUUAAAUAGCAUUGCUUUUGGAUGGGGGGGGGGAGUUAUUACUUUCUUUCCUCUUUUCUCUUUCUGAAAUUUUGUUGAUGUGUGAAAACAAAACUGUGUAGCUUUUUGUUAAUUGAAUUUGCAAGAGUUUAAAAAAACAAAGAGACAAAA